GCAUGCCCGCGCGCGGAGGGAAGGGGGUGGGUGGCCACCCGCCGCGGAGCCGCGUCGCCCCCACAGCGCGCGCCAUCGUGGUCUCGUGGAAGGUGGCGCGCGGGGCCCGGGCCGCAGCCACAGAAAUCAUCGCCAGUCGCCACGCGGGCCCCGCCAACACAGCAAUCUAAUCUCUCUACCGAGAACGCAGAGGGGGAGCCGCCAUCGGGAGGUGGGCCCCACAAACCGCUAAGGCGCGCGGAGGCGACAACCGGGAAGUGGUGGUGCGGAGGGAUGCAGUGGGCAGUCGAAGAAGAAUUCGACACGAGCCCGAAAAGAAUAAACAGCAGCGUGCGCGGUGCGGGUGGGUGCUUGCAGCCAUCUCUCAUCAUCACUUCCACGAUUCCAUUCUCUCGCCUUCUCUCUCCCCCGCGCCGUCUUUAUCCAUCUCCGCUCCUUCAGGCGGAGCCAGGUGCGAGAGGAAGAGAACAGCCCGUAGCCUGCCUUCCCUGACCGAUUGUUCCUCGCCUGCCGACACAGGGGAUCGGAUAAGCCAUGGUUCAGUGAGCGAGGAGGGAUUCUUGCGCUGCGGGGAAAGGAGCCUCUUUUCAGUGGGACAAGAAAGGAGGUUCUUUUGUUUACCUGCGUGCAUCGUUAGCCAUCCACCUCUAGCUUGAUUGGUCGAUUGAUUUCUCCAACGAGGGCAGGGAGAUCUUCGCGCAAUAAAGUUCUCCACGAGGAUGUUGGUUGCCUAACUCUCAAGUUUGUUCUGUCUAUGCUACCGCCGUCGAUGCUUGAUGAUUGCUGUUCGGCUGUUCUAUCCUCUGCUGCCUUUUUCCCCCUCUUAUUCAGGACUCCUGAGAUCAAGAUUGCCAGUCUUCUUCGUGGAUGGAGAAUAACAGCAGUGAAGUGAUGGGUUUAUCUAGGCGCAAAUCUGGCCCCAAGGUUCACAGCUCAAUGUGUAGUGAGCUGACAAUGAUGUUGGAUAAAAUUUCUUCUAUCCUUCCAUCAAUAGAGGCAGCUCGACCAGGAUGUAAAGCGGGUAUACAGGAAUUAUGCAACUUAUACAAUAUAGUUGAGAAAGGGAAACUCAUAACUCUGCAUUGCAUUGAAUGUAGUAAGCUCUACUUGGCUAUCACUGGAGAGACAGUUGUAGCAAGAUGUGAAAGGAUCAGGGACUCACUUAGGCGAAGUUUGUUCCUUAUUCAGAAUAUGGUUCCGCCAGCAUUAGCUAAUCAGAUUUCCGAAGUCCAUAAUGAUCUCCGGGAUGUAAAAUUUGUUCUUGAUUCGAUGGAAGAAGAGGCUGGCAAAGCCAUUUUACAGAUGCUUCGGCAGUCUGACUCAACUGAAGAACUAGAACUUGAGACAUUCCUGCAGGCUGCUUCAAAGUUGGGCCUGACAUCUCCUAAAGCAAUCUUAAUUGAAAGACGAGCAAUCAAGAAACUGCUUGACAAGAUUAGUGGUACUGAUCCCAAAAAGGAGGGGGUCCUUAAGUUUUUUCUGUACCUCAUUAAGAAGUAUGGAAAGAGCAUCAGACCAGACUCUGGUGAGCAAAAUGAGAAUUUGCAAGCUGAAAAUCAGUCUUUAACUCCAAGCAUAACUUCUAGUGAUGCCAGUACUCAUGGAAAAUACUACACGGCAGCUGAUUUUCAGAGAUCCGAGGAUCACAGUAGAAUGUCUGGAGAAGCUAAACCACCUGCAGAGUUCUGUUGCCCACUUUCAACAAAGCUAAUGCAUGAUCCUGUGAUAAUAACAUCUGGACAGACUUAUGAAAGAGAAUAUAUUGAGAGAUGGUUCAAUGAGGGAUAUGAUACCUGUCCCAGGACACAGGUAAAGCUAGAGAACUUCUCGAUGAUCCCAAAUACCUGCAUGAAAGAUCUCAUUUGCAAUUGGUGCAAAGAGCAUGGUUUCACAUUUUCAGAUUUUAUUCCUCCAAGCGAAAAUGCUUACAGUUACUUACCGGAGCAAUUGCAUAGUUACUCUAUGUCAAGUUUGCACAAUAUUUCAGUACCUCUCAUUGCUGGAAAAGCCGGAAACUUUGUGAUUGAUCACAGCAGUUCAUCUGUUGCAUUAUCUGAUGCCAGUUAUGUCUCAGAUGCAUGCCACACAAGGGACAUGGAGGAGCCAAAAGAGAUUUCUCAGUUCUCUUGGAACGCAGACUAUCAAAAGUAUCUAUCGUUCCACAACUUCAACCAGGAUAUGUUCCUGAGGUUCUUUCAUGAGCUGUCCAUGCUCCCAGUAGAACUACAAGGCAAGUCAAUAAAAGAUUUCAAGAGCAUUCUUGAUUAUGAAAAUGAGGUUUUGUUUUCUAUGGUUUCAAAUGGAUUUGUAGAAGCAUUCCUUGAGUUCUUGAGAAAUGAUAUUGGCAGCUACAGUGUACAAGCUCAGAAAGCUGGAUUUCAAUUUUUUCUUGCUUUUCUUUCCAAUGGCAGGACUAAGGUUCCAUCUAUGAACGAAGAAGCAUUUCGUCUGAUCACAUCCUUUCUUGACUCCGAAUUGAAAAUUGAAGCUCUGUUAAUGCUACAUGAGCUGGUUCAACACUCAAACUGUCUGAAAUCUCAUCUGAUGGUCUCUGCUGUUACUCCUCCAUUGUUCAAAAUACUGGCAUCUGAAGAUACCGAAGACCUUGAACUUUCCUUGAAGAUUAUCUGUGUGUUUUCAUCUGAUGCUGAUAUCAAAUCUAACCUAAUUUCAAUGGGAAUAAUCUCAAAGCUUGCUCCCAUUUUCACUGAAGGAGGCUUCAUUGAGUGUUGUUUGAAGAUUUUACGGAACUUAUGCUACAUGGAGGAAGCCACAGUGCUUAUUACGAGAACUGAUCGAUGUCUUGGAUCUGUUGCAGAGUAUCUAGACACAGGAAGCCCUAAGGAACGAGAGGAUGCAGUGGUUAUCCUUUUAGCUAUAUGUUCCCGUAGUGUUGAGGAUUGUUUACUUGUAAUGAAGGAAGGUGUAAUCCCUGCCCUUGUGGACCUGUCAGUGAAUGGAACUGAUGAAGCGAAAAGUUGUUCAAUCAAGCUUCUUCAUCUUCUCAGGGAUAUGAGGCAAAGCGAUCAGUUUACUAACUCAUGUUCCCAAGAAGUGACUGCCACAGAUGUGGUAGAGGAUGCUCCAGAUAGCUCAGUUCACAAGCAGCCGAUAGCAAAGUCAUCUCGGUUUUUCCAAAGAAAGCUGAACAUCUUCUCGAAACCUCGGUCACUUACACUGUUUCGAUAACUGAUAAAGGGUUGCUCGAGUCGGUAGUUCCUGUACAUGCUACAACACUAACGGCCUUUUUGUACAGAUGGUAGCAGCUGUAUUUGCCCAAAUGAAAUGCUUGGUGAGAUGAUAUUUUUGCCAUCCUCAUGUAUUUCAGUAGAGUUUUAUUAGUUGUGGUUAUGGAAUCUUGCUCUGUGUAAAAUCAGUAGAUAUGGUGCAUAUUUUUUCGGUGGAAAGUUUGCCUUUUGUAUUCUGCUGUUCCGAGGUAGCUGCAAAGCCUGAAAAAAUGUUUUUGUUUA